CAGUGGAUACUUUGUAUUUUUACCUUUCAGGCGAAGGGAAUGGCUGAUGAAGCUAGAUCUAAACACGUGUAUGAUGGUAUAGAUGUCACAACUUUAGAACCAGCAAAUGUUAAACGCCAACAGGAAAUAUUCAAUUCAACGUUAUACGACAAGGUGGCAGUGAACAAGCCCAAAAAGGAUUUAGUUGGUGAAUUCGCCAAACAAAGAGCAAAAUCAGCAUUUCCUCUGAGGUCAAGACCGAGGUCUUCCAGUAUUACUGAGCCCAGAGCUUGUGCUAAGAACUCUGAUGGAGGAAGUCCUAAGAGUACACCAGAAAGAAACAAGAAAUCAAUGUCUAGUAGUACUGUUAAAAGGCGAGUGAAAUCUGCAGCAGCCAUCCAACCUUCUGAAACAGCAAGGACUCUGUAUUCGAAACCACCAAGGCCAAAGACAUCUAUUCAUACCAGAACCAAACCAUAUACAGAUAAGGUAGAACCCAAAGACGAUACAAAUGAGAAAAUAAAUGUAACAUCUAAAUCACCAAAAGUCAAACGACGCUCGUCAACAAAAGACUAAAACAAUUAUUGAAAGCAUUUGAAAAAAUAUAUAGUAAAAAUAUACAGUAAAAUCUGUCCGAUGGAACAUCUUUCUUUGGAACGCCUGUCAACAAGGAACAGUUUUCUAAAGAGCCAAAUAUUUUUCCAUUGACUUACGUGUUAACGGAAGAUCACUGUAUGGAACACAUGUCAACUGGGAACAAGGAACCCUGUUUUAGGGUUAAUUUUCAAAAUUUACCUGUUCACAAGGAACAGAGAAAGGAGUGGUAUGGAGAUAUGGAGAACUUUUUGAACACACGUUUCUCUUAAACCAAAAAAUCUAAAAAUUUAACACAUCGUCAAUUUAAUGGUCAUCUUUUGAGUGGUAAC